AUGCAAAAAGGGAAAAACGGCGUCCACCAUCUUCUCAGACGCCGCGUCCCAGUGACCUGGCAAGUGUGGCUUGACGCUUUUUCUUCACCUUCUUCUUCGCUACCCCUUUGGGCAAUCGCAAGCGCUCCCAAGCGGCUGGUCGGGGUCACCCGCCCUGCACGCUCAGCCCCCAUCCGAGCACGAUCUCAGAGCGAUCUGCAAGAACUCGUCCCUGCAUCUGUGGGGAAGCGUGGGAAAGCGUGCGCUUGUGCCAGCAUCAGAAUGUCUCGACUUCAGCCCAGCAGGGUCUGCUUGAGCCUCCAACAAGCCAAAGUAGCUGAAGAACCUAGAACGAACCAAGUGAUUCCAGCCGGCAUGAGCAAUAUCACUAAUCUUAUGCCGAGGGGAGGCGAAGACUCAUUCCUUGAGAAGGCCUUCACUUCGUUGGGCAUGGGGGUGCUGCGAGUAUUUCAUUUCAUUCAGCAUGCGAAGGAAUUGCUGUAUCGAGUCCUCGCCGUCGUCGGGUCCGAGGACCACGUAAUCGUGAAUCCCUAUCGCCCAGUCUCUAUUCUGCUUGGGGACUUUUCGGGUUUUGCAUUGUCCGUCGGCGCAAGUCGAACGUUCUGGGUCAUGCAAGAAGUGACCUGGUUUGCUCGAGUAUGGGCCAGAAGUGGUAAAUGGAACGCUGGUGGCCAUGCUGCUGCCGUCAAGUGA